AUGUCUCUUCCCACCAAACGCUCUACUUGCUCCACUGCUUCUGCCUCCGCUGCUGCCGCCGCCGGUUCCUCCGCCUCUCCCCCGCCGAUGAAGAAGGCCAAGAACGGUCUCCACCACCACGACAAGGAAGUCUUCCCCAUGGACGAAGAUCCCGCUCCCGCCGCCUCCGCCGCGGCCAAUCUAUCCCGCAAGAAGUCCACUCCGCCGCAGCCGGCUAAGAAGCUCGUCAUCAAGCUCAACAAAGCUAAACCAAUACUACCCACAAACUUUGAGGAGACUACAUGGGCAAAGCUGCAAUCAGCUAUCAGAGCUAUAUUCAAGAAGGAAGCAGUGUCUUUUGACCUUGAAGGGCUUUACCAGGCUGUUGAUAACCUUUGCCUACAUAAGAUGGAAGGAAAACUUUACCAACAGAUAGAGAAGGAGUGUGAAGACCACAUUUCUGCCGCUUUACUGUCUUUAGUUGGGAAAAGCACCGACCUGUCUGGUUUCUUGUCAGUCGUCAAGAAUUGUUGGUUAGACUUUUCAGACCAGAUGCUAAUGAUCCGUAGUAUAGCUUUGUCACUGGACAGAAAAUAUGUAAUACAAAACCCCAAUGUACGUUCGUUGUGGGAAAUGGGUCUGCAGCUUUUCCGGAAACAUCUCUCCCUGGCCUCUGAAGUUGAACAGCGGAUUGUUAAUGGUCUUUUAAGAAUGAUUGAAAAUGAAAGAUUAGGUGAAGCUGUUGAUAGGACUCUGUUAAGCAAACUUCUAAAGAUGUUUACCUCGCUUGGAAUAUAUGUGGAAAGCUUUGAGAAACCUUUCCUUGAAUGCACUUCUGAAUUUUAUGCUGCCGAAGGAAUGAAAUACACUCAGCAGUCUGACGUCCCUGAGUACUUGAAGCAUGUUGAGGGAAGGUUGCAUGAGGAGAAUGAAAGAUGCAUACUAUACUUGGAUGCAGGUACCAAGAAAACACUGAUAGCAACUACGGAGAGGCAACUUCUUGAGCGUCACAUAUCUGCUAUUCUUGAUAAGGGGUUUACAGCACUGAUGGAUGGACGUCGUACAGAAGAUCUACAGAGGAUGUACAUACUGUUCUCUAGGGUGAACACACUCGAAUCUUUAAGACAGGCACUAAGCUCCUACAUUCGAAAAACUGGGCAGAGGAUCGUCAUGGAUGAAGAGAAAGAUAAGGAUAUGGUACCAACAUUGUUGGAGUUAAAGGCUUCUCUUGACGCAAUAUGGGAAGAGAGCUUUUCCAAGAAUGAAUCAUUUGGCAAUACCAUUAAAGACUCAUUUGAGCAUCUGAUUAACCUACGCCAGAAUCGGCCUGCUGAGCUUAUUGCCAAGUUUUUGGAUGAGAAGCUUCGUGCUGGGAAUAAGGGUACUUCCGAAGAAGAAUUGGAGAAUACGCUGGAAAAAGUCUUGGUUUUGUUCAGAUUUAUCCAGGGUAAAGAUGUGUUUGAAGCAUUCUACAAAAAAGAUCUUGCAAAAGGAAAGAGUGCUUCAAUUGAUGCUGAGAAAUCCAUGAUCUCUAAGCUUAAGACUGAGUGUGGAAGCCAGUUUACAAACAAGCUCGAAGGCAUGUUCAAGGAUAUUGAACUGUCAAAAGAAAUAAAUGAGUCAUUCAAAACAUCACAACAAGCCAGGUCAAAACUGCCAUCAGGAAUUGAGAUGAGUGUUCACGUCUUAACGACAGGGUAUUGGCCUACAUAUCCACCUAUGGAUGUUAAGCUUCCUCAUGAACUAAUUGUCUACCAGGACAUCUUCAAAGAGUUCUAUUUGAGCAAGUACAGCGGCAGGAGAUUAAUGUGGCAAAACUCAUUAGGUCACUGUGUACUAAAGGCAGAUUUCCCUAAAGGUAAAAAGGAGCUUGCGGUUUCACUGUUUCAGGCUGUUGUCUUGAUGUUGUUUAACGAUGCACACAAACUUAGCUUUCAAGACAUUAAAGAUUCAACAAGCAUAGAGGACAAGGAACUGAGAAGGACGUUGCAAUCACUUGCAUGUGGGAAAGUUCGUGUCCUGUCGAAGGUUCCAAAAGGAAGAGACGUAGAGGAUGGUGAUGAAUUUGUUUUCAAUGAUGGAUUUACAGCCCCUCUGUUUCGAAUUAAGGUGAAUGCCAUCCAGAUGAAAGAGACUGUAGAGGAGAACACGAGUACCACGGAAAGAGUAUUCCAGGACCGGCAAUACCAGAUCGAUGCGGCCAUUGUGCGGAUAAUGAAGACGAGGAAGGUGUUGAGCCAUACUCUUCUAAUCACAGAGCUCUUCCAACAGCUGAAGUUCCCAAUAAAGCCGGCAGAUCUGAAGAAGAGGAUAGAGAGCCUCAUCGACAGGGAGUACCUGGAAAGGGACAAGACCAACCCUCAGAUUUACAAUUACCUCGCUUAGAUCUCUCUCUCUCUCUCUCUCUCUCUCUCUCUCUCUGUAUAUUGAACUGACAAUGGAGAAGAAUUUCUCUUCUCAUAUCUUGAAAAAAAAGAGAAAAAUGGAAUGGCAAAGAUCCUUUGGCCUGAUUAAUGUACAGCUGAGCUCUCCACUUGUUCUUCUUUCAAACACAUUGUUCCCUGUUU